UCUGCCUGGAUACUGUACUAAGCUGUGGUGGGUGAAGUUACCUGUUGCCGCAGGUGGAGCCAUAGAGGAACAUUACCUGCUGACAGCAGGAGCCUCAGGUGUUUGUAGGUAUGAUAUAAGAACUGGAGCGCCUUCUUUUUUACUUCCAUUUCCACCGACACUCAAAAGGGCCCUUUUCCAGCCGGAGAGAGUUCCAACACCGUAGCAAUGGCUCCACCGGGUGUGUGUAUGAACAUUAUUAAUGCCCGCAAAAUGAAAGAUGGCUUUGGGACCUUCGCCAACCCCGAGCGGUUCCUCAACCAAGACUACGAACAGCUGAAACAGUUCUGUCAAAUCAAACUGGUGAGGUACAUCGACGACAUGUUCCCCCCUGACAGAAGGUCCAUCGGCGAAGGGAUACUGAGUCCUUCUGACCUGAAGCGAGUGGUGUGGAUAAGACCAUCAAAACUGGUUCAAAAUCCAUGUUUUGAAGUUGCUGGGAUCUCCAGGUUUGACUUUGGUCAAGGCAUGGUUGGAGACUGCUGGUUUCUCUCAGCUAUCGGAGCUCUGACGUUCCAAAAUGUCAUCCUUCAGCAAGUUGUUCCUCUUGAUCAAAAAUAUGAUGAGGACUCCUGCGGGCUGUUCCACUUCAGGUUCUGGAGAUUUGGAAGAUGGGUGGAUGUCGUCAUUGAUGAUAAGCUACCAACAAUUGAUGGCAGACUAAUCUUCGUUCACUCCAAAGACCCGAAUGAGUUCUGGCCUGCUUUGCUGGAGAAAGCCUAUGCCAAAGUGUGUGGUUCCUACUCGGACAUGAAUGCGGGAACCCCUGCUGAGGCUUUGGUGGACUUCACUGGUGGUGUUCACAUGUGUAUUGAUCUGCAAGAACCUCCCAAAGACCUCUGGGAACUGAUGUGUAGAGCUGGCCAAUCCAAUUCACUGAUGGGCUGUGGUACACCACAAGGGGAUACAUCUGCCAACACUGUGCUACCAAAUGGAAUUGUCCAAGGCCACGCCUACACUGUCACGGGAGUGAAGACGAUGAUGAGCCAAGGGCAACCAGAAAACCUGGUGCGUUUGUGGAAUCCCUGGGGCACAGGAGAGUGGACUGGAGACUGGAGUGAUGAGUCGCCUUCAUGGAACACUGUGAGUCCUCAAGAUCGUGAGAUGUGCCUUACAAAGAGGGAUGAUGGGGAGUUUUGGAUGACCCUGAAGGACUUCUGUAGGUUCUACUCAGACCUUGACAUCUGCUGCCUGUGUCCUGAAUUCCUUGAUGAGAACUCUUCAUGCCAUUGGAAGACCGCCUUCUAUGACGGCCGAUGGGUUGCAGGAACAACCGCUGGAGGAUGCAUGAAUAACUUCGACAGUUUCUGCACUAAUCCACAGUACCGUGUCAAGAUUGAUGAAUUACUCAGUAAAUGUUCUACGAAACAGGGUGAGAAAAACAUGCUGGUGUCUCUCAUGCAAAAGCCUGACAAGAGAAACAGACGCCUCGUCCAAAAUCUCCACAUUGGAUUCUCUGUGUUUGAGGUGACUGAAGAAUUCAAGGCACAGAGGGGGAAGUUCCCAGCCUCUUUCUUCAGCAGGCACACACCUGUUGGCCAAACAAAAACCUACAUCAAUGGGCGCGAGGUGAUGGCCUUCCUGAGGCUGAAGCCUGGCGAAUACCUGAUUGUUCCAUCCACCUUCAAUCCCAACGAGACGGCCUCUUUCAUCCUGACCAUCAUCUCCAAGGCAGAGACCCACGUCCAUGAUAAUUCUGGUGGCCAUGACCACGCACAUGAAGAUAGAGAAGAAGAGCACUCGAAAUCCGAGAACGGAGGAGACGACGAAAACAAGAGAAACUUCUUCCGUCAGUACUCGGACAAGUAUGAAGAAGUGGAUGCUGAGUUGCUCCAGGACCUUCUCAAUGAACGCAUCCUGAAAGGAGACUUGAAAUCUGGGGGCUUCAGCCUUGAUGCCUGUCGCAGCAUGGUUGCUCUGAUGGAUACAUCAACUACCGGCAAACUGAAUGGUGAGGAAUUUGUUCGUCUGUGGAAGAAGGUCGCCACGUACAAGGACAUUUUCUUCCGUUCUGAUGUAUCACAAACAGGAACACUGUCACUGAGUGAGCUGAGGAACGCAAUCAUGGCUUCAGGAACGAGGAUGAACGAUAACAUUCUGAAUUUGAUUGCUCUGCGCUACGGGGCCUCCUCUGGAAACAUAACGCUGGAAAACUUUAUCAGUCUGGUCCUUCGUUUUGACAGCAUGAACCAAAUCUUCAACCAGUUGUCCAAUGGAACGAAUUUGAGUCUUGACAAAUCAGAGUGGCUGUACCUUUCGAUGUACACCUAAUCUGACAGAGAAGAUGAACUGCAGGAUUCAUUUGGAAUGACAGCAGCAGAUGAUGUGAAAGAAAAUAAAUACGAAAGGUGUACUUCUGCAAAUGAGCUUUUACGUGGUAUGAAAUAAAAGGGCAUUUAACUCUGCUAAUGUUG